GCUCUUUUCAUGGUGAUGGCUCUGACCUUUGUAUCGACAUGGAUGAUCUACAAUUACUACAGUAUCCGCUUUCUGGACAUGUCGUUGUUCCACGACACUUUGUUGGCCCUCCAUCUCAUCACAGUCCUGGGUAUGGCUGUCAAUGUGGGCAACUCCGAGGAACAACACGGUAUGGUGGCUCUGUGGAUGAUAGCGACGCGUGUGACGCUCAUGAUGAUCUUUGCCGUGCCCUUCUGCAGCAUCCCAGAGGCGUACCAUACAAUAUGUAUCACAUUCUUCGUCGGAUUCACAUCCAUAGGUAUGUUUGUGUAA